GCAUGAAGUCGAACAAGCCUGAUGUCAUCCCCGUGGUGGUUUCCACCUGACGUCACACAUCUAUAGAACCUCCCAUCUGGAGGGCAUAACAGCGCUUUGUUUCGCUGCCCGCCAGUUUUAUUUUUACCACAUUCGUUAAAUCAAAAUGCCGGACAGUUGUUGCUCGGUCGGAUGCACUAAUAGACGAGGAAACAAGCCCGGGCUGUGUUUCUACCGAAUCCCGUCCGAGAAAGAAAACCCAGAGAGGAGGAGAUUGUGGAUCUGUGCUAUCAAACGCGCCUUCGUCACCGCAGAAGGCAAAGAAUGGCAACCGUCAAAGUACACGCGUCUCUGUAGCGAACAUUUCAUCAAAGGUGCCAAAUCUGAUGACCCGUCGUCACCUGAUUGGGUACCAUCUGUCUUCUUGCCCACAACAGCCACCAAAAAGAGGAAAAGGACAAAAGAUGUGGAGAAGUAUGAACAGAGCAAGAAGGAAGAGGAGAUAAAGGAACAGGCUGCGGUUGCUGUUCUCCUAAAACUGUCAUCAGUGCCAGCGCAACCUCCUGAGGAUGAGCAAAAGUGUGACAGCAAAGUGUGCAAGGAAAAGAUUGCAAGAUUACAGAAAGAGUGCAAUGACCUCAGAGAGGAAAAUUGUAGGCUGAAGGCCAUUUUGAAAUCUGGAACAUUUCAUGAACUUGCUUUAGGAAAAGAUGAUAAGAAGGUCAAGGCGAUGACUUAAAGCCACAUUCCCCACUUAUCGGUACAAAACAUUCUUCCUUCCUAUAUGUCAAUGGUUGUUUACUCUGUAAAUAACACUUCCCCUUUUAGUGUAUUUUAAGGUCUCAAUUCCAACAGCAAACAAUGCAUUUAGAAGCACCAAUUCAAGGAUUGUGUUCUGACCCCACCACCAUCUUCAGCCAUGAAUGCCUGUGAUAUUUAUAUACAGGCCUUUGGUACAUGUGUCUGUACUGUAGACUGCUGUGAGAUUUAUUGGAAAGCCUAGAGACUUAAGAGCAAGAGCAGAGACAUACAUCAUCAUCAUCAUACCAAAAGAAACAAUUAUAUGAAAAGGGAUGGGGUGCAUAUCUUCCACAUGCUGUAGUUUACCUACAUGUUUGUAAUGACUCUCCAUCCAACCUGUAUUGUUUAAUUAUAUUAAUUAUAAUUACAAGCCAGUGAUAACAGUAAUUGUUAUAUCAUGAAUUAACAGGAAAGAUAAUUAGGUAAACACAUAACCCUUUGUGGUAUCCUUUAUAGUCUAUGUGUAAUGACACUUUUGUUUUUGUGUGUCAUAUAGCUUGUUCAAAUACAGUAUCUCACACGAUGUACGAUAGUCUAUAAGUCUAUGUAUUAAGUACCUCGUCAGACUUUUUGUAGAUUGUAGGUUCUGAACAAAAUAACUGUAAAUUAUACAUAUGCUACACUCAAAUGAGAAAAAUAAGUUUUGAGAAAUCUGUCUACAAAUGCUUAGGAUCAAAAGACCAACAGUUCAUUAAAUAGUUUGAA